GAUUCGCUCAGCUUUCUCUUCCUCACCAGUGAACCUAUUGAAUGCAUCUGGGAAGUCGGACAAUGCUGAAACCGGGGACAGUGCCAUAUCAACACUUUAGCAACCAAGAACAUUUUGCACAAAAUUGUUUUCUUAUUGAAUAAAUUAGAUUUAGCUUGCAGUUCCAGCACAUGCCAAAAAAUACACGAAGAGUACCAUUUAACACCAUCAAGGACACGUUGUACAGCAUAAUGACAACUUUAUCACAGACAAAGGAAAUCUUCCGGAGUGCAGACGCUGUGUGCUUUGAUGUUGACAGCACUGUUAUCAGAGAAGAAGGCAUUGAUGAGCUAGCCAAAUUUUGCGGGGUUGGAGAUGCUGUCACAGAAAUGACUCGCAAGGCCAUGGGGGGGUCAGUGACUUUUAAAACCGCUCUGACAGAGCGCCUGUCAAUCAUCCGAUGCUCGAGGGAACAAGUGAACAAACUGAUAACUGACCACCCUCCCCAGUUGACGACAGGUAUUAAGGAGCUUGUUGAUUCUCUGCACCAGCGCAACGUGAAGGUGUUCUUGGUCUCUGGCGGUUUCCGCUGUAUCGUGGAGCAUGUUGCCACUCAACUCAGCAUUCCCCUCCAUCACGUGUAUGCCAACCGCCUCAAGUUCUACUUCAAUGGUGAGUAUGCUGGCUUUGACGAGACCCAGCCCACAUCUGAGAGUGAUGGGAAGGGGAAGGUGAUCAGCAUGCUCAAGGAGAAGCACGGCUUCAAGAACGUGGUGAUGAUUGGCGAUGGAGCCACAGAUCUGGAGGCCUGUCCCCCUGCAAAUGCAUUCAUUGGAUUUGGUGGAAAUGUGGUCAGGCAGCAAGUAAAGGAGAAAAGUUUGUGGUACGUCACAAGUUUUGGAGAGCUGCUAAAAGAACUGGAGAAGAUUUAACAAAGAAAUAACAUACAAACCUGAAACCUCUUACAACUAUUGUUACUAAUGCUAACAUCAGUGUUUUAUUUUCAUGUUUUAUUUUUGCUAACAUCAGUGUUUUAUUUUCACCUAAUGGUGUGCCUUUUUUGGUUUUAUCCAGUGCACACUUUUUCUUCCUCCAGUCAAUAGAUUAAAAAAAAAAAAAAAUGUUUUAAUUAAAAUGUUUCCACAACAAUAGUGUCUUCUUGGGUUUGACCCUUGUUGAUUUUUCUACUAAUUUAAAAAAAUUCAGGUUAACCAAAUGUUAUUAUUUUUGGAGGGAUUUGAGCAGGGUUGGAGUCAAUUCCAUUUCAAUUCAGUAUAAGUUUAAUUCCGGAAUAAUUGAAUUGACCCCAAUCCUGGAUGUUUUAAACUGCACUUUUGUGGUUUUGUCCUCAUUUCAACACUUUAGUGGUCAGGAUAAUACAACUACUGCAUUGUACAAUAUGUGCCAUCAAAUGUGCAUGUAUAGAUGUUUUAAUUUUGCUAUUGACACUAAUAAUAGUAAAAGUGUAAUAUGCAGUUCUGA